UCUGUUCAAGAGAAGGCAGACAUCUCUACAGCCAAUAUCUCCAACAGUCAGCAACUCACACCAAAACUUUUUAGAUUAACAAAAAGCACUAUAGGAAAGAGGAAAAAUGUCUUUUUGAUAUUGGGGUGAACUGCUCCUUUAAAUACACUUGAAACCACUGUGUGCUUCCCUGAAAAUUGUAGGUAAUGGUACACAUAAAUUCCAAAGCCAUUCAGCAACAAAUUGACAUAAUCAAUAUUAACUUCACAGUUAAUUUUCCAAAUGCUUGUAAAGAAACAGAUCAAAUGUCCUCAUAGUAAAAUUAGUAAUGCCUGAAGAUAAAAAAAUAUCGACAUUCAGCUGCGCACACACAUUUGUCCUUUCCUAACGUAGCUUUUCGGACGACGGGGGAGUGAGAUAAGCAAGUUUGUGAGAGCUGUCCGUAUUGAUUUUCUUCUCAUGGAAGACAGAGAUGCUGAGAGAUUAACUAUUAGGUUGCCUUCCAUGCUGAAAGGACUGGCACUGGCAGUGUGUGUGGGUGGGAAAGCAGUGGGGGCUGUGUGCGUUUUUCAUGAGUGCAGUUCCGUCACAUGUGGACAUGCUCAUUAGUGUAUUUACACUUACAUUAUGGAGGUAUUGUAUAUUUGAUGUCCUCCUGCGAAUCAUUGUAUUCAGGUUUCUGCAUGCACGUGAAAGGAAGAUUAUGUGGGUGGUCACAGGAUUUAUGUUUGAUGUAUGCACAAGAAGUGGUGCAAUGGGAACACUAUUACUGUAUAUAUUGCCAUAUGGAGGUGACGUAUGCUGUUGUGGUGCAGGGUGAAAUGGACAAAGUAACUUUCUAAUUUAAGAUGAGGGAUUCCCCUUUCUCCUCUGAUUUCAAGUCAGCAGUAGGCCCCUGUAUUCCACAGGGGAGGCUUCUAUACUGCAGGAAAACAACAAAAAAAGACUGCAAUUGAGAGGCAGUGAUGGGGAGAUGAAGAAAAGAGGGAGCAGUCAACUCUUCUCCCCUCCCCCUUCCUGUGCUUCAUCAACCCCUAUUCUCUCUGCUUCAAUGUUUGACGUCACACAAAAAAAGACCAAUCAGAGUGCAUGGACUUCCCUGUUUUUCUUCCUUAGCUCCUCCCCUUCCCAUGGUCCCUUAUAUAUCCCCCGCCACUACACUCGGCAGAGUGUACAAUGUGCUGCCAGAGAGCCAGCAGGCAGUGCACAGAGAAACGGCAAGAGAGGGAGGGAGAGAAGGGGAAAGUGCCAGAGCUGACUGCGAGCGUCAUCCGUGAGGCCAGCGCUGCAGCCUGGUUUCAGGAUCCGCCAGCCCACACCAUCAGGAUGGGCUGCACAACGGGCCACCUGGCUUGCCAAACCCAGCCCCAGACCAGCACGGGACAAGAGGGUCAGUCCCUGGAGGCUGGCGGUGCCAAAGUCCCUGAGGUGCUCUCCUCUCUUGAGCGUCUGUCCCAGGCCACUGGAGGCAUGGAGAAGUCCUGGUACCGCUGCAUCUUUCCCUUUGGAAUCAUCUCUUUGGUGAUCGGUGUGGCAGGAACUGGGGUUACCUAUACCUAUAACGACUUGCCUCAGACUCAAGUGGUGUCAGUUGUGCUACUUGUCAUGGGUCUUUUGCUGUUGCUGAUGGCCACCGCCUGUUGGACUGUCCACAAGAAGAAGAGAAGGAAAAAGAAAGAGGGAGGCUCGUUCACCUCUGAGCAGUGUCCCCUGUGAAGCACAUGGGGAAAACAGUGGUAGGAACUUGAAAGCAGAGACAUACUCAGGGCUGGGAGCUCAAGAGUUGGCUAAAGAAGCCGCCACUUCACCUCCUCCCAGCGCUGAAUCCCCUCUAUUCUUUAUCACAGAGUUUGGCUCAGCUCAUGCCGGAGAGAACUUGAGUUGAGAAAUCAUAGAGUGUGGAAGGACAGAUAGACAGGACACUGAGUAUCUGUUUAGUCUGUAAAGUUUGGACCAUUUUGGAUUGGCAAGGAGGGAUCACCAAUGCCUCACACACUCUUUUAUCAUCUGACAGCAGGUGUCCAGUGUCAAAACAACCUCAGAGGAGACACACACAAAUAUGCAUUGCACACUACAUGCAUAUUUACACGCACGGACACACGGCCCCUCGCAGUCCUCACUCACAUAUGCACUGGCAGUCACAGCAGGAGCUUGCACAGACACCUAACACGCUAUGCAGAGCUGCUGCUGGAGUCAACGCUGGCGUCACUAGGCACGUCAGUCACAGCAUUCCUCCUGCCAGGACAGGUGACUCUCCAAGAGGCCAGAAGUGGGCCAAAGACGGCAACCCGAUACCCAGCCGAAAGAGCAGCGCACCCGCGUCAGCGGCCAGCGUCAUUCACUCGUCCUGUGACACCGCAGCAAUGUGUUGAGGGCUUUUUUUACGCAAUGGGAGAGUGGAACUUGAGUCCAGCAGGAUCUUGCUGGCAUCUGUGUGGACGAUGAGCUGGAGAGGGCAGAGGACCUGCUGGGGAAGUGGAAGGUGUUUGUGUGUGCUCAAAUUAAGAUUCUAGUGAAUCGAAAGACUGUUGGACUUCACUACUAAGGAACAACAGAUUUGCACAUAUAGCCAUGUCCACGCCAAGCAAGAGAAAUUCCUAGAACAGCAACAUACUCUGAAAGGCCUUUUGUAGCUUCAGCUUCACAUUACAAAGGAGUGGGGCACUGACUUCUGACUGACUGAUUGCCCUCCUGUCAAUGUGCGAGCAUUUACGCCCAGCCUAGUAUCUUCGUGGGGCACCUCAACCCCACACAGGGCAGGCCAGGAUUAUUGAAGGACACUACCCGAGGGGACAUGCCACUGCAGGGACACUUUGACUGAUCCUGCUCCCCUAGGGCCCCUCCCUCUUGGUGCCUUGAGCAAGCACUCAUGGAAAAAGGCUCUGUCGCAUUCCCCUGUUUCCAUCUGAACCCCUGAGAAUUUCCCCCCUUGUUCUCUCUCUCUCUUUCUCUCUCUCCCCUCAACCAUCCCAUAUGCCUUCCUCCAUCCUACAUCCUGUGUCUGACUUGAUCCCUCUCAUUUCCCAAAUGUGACAUAGCCCAGGAGGAAGUGUGUGCAGCCUUUUGAUAUUCAAAUUAAGACACACACAUACAUUUAAUUUUAAGCCUCAUAGUCCACAGAUAUUUGUCUGUAUCACUGUGUGCCAAAGAGAGUGCAUUAUUUUCUUUCUCACAGUGGAAAGAAUAUUGACUGAGAGUGAGUGACAAAUCCCUUUGUCAGUCUGAAGAUAUGGUACAAGGCUGUUUCUCUAGUGAAUACUGAUUCAUGUUUGUGCUCUAAGUGACUCUGGGGUUUCCCUUUCAUGUACUUUUUCCUUUCUGAAAGAACGAGUGAAUGUAGCUGCGCUCAGCUCCACAUCUGUGAAUAGGUGCUUUCUGUUGGUGUGUGGUCUCACGGGAUGAGACGCACAAUGGCAUUUGAUUCUUGUCUUAAAUAUUCUCAUUUCUGUCACUGAAUGUAACACUGGAUGGCAAAUGCAAAUCACAGAAGUAGAAAGUACAACACGCAGAAUGUACAGAAAUUGAGUCUAGCCCGUUUGUCCCUAUGUGGAGGACUGUGUUCGAGCACUCCUUUAUCCUUGAGAACUGUCAUUGAUCUUUGUUGCAUCGAUUCUGGCUGUCAGAUUAGUGACGCUUGUUGCCGAGUAAAAUGUGUCUAUGCAUCCAGAGGUAGCAGUUAAUAACACACAAUGCCAAAGACCGACCUGGAGGCCAUCUGCUUCAGUAGACAUGCAAUCGAUCAGUCCUUUCUCAGUCAGUGUGCAUUUAGAUGUUCUGUUGCAUACUGAUUGUCUGCCAAACUCUGUUAGUUUAAACAGAGGGGAGGAGGGGGAAGUAAGGAGUUAACGGAGGAAGACAAAAGCAGAACCUGGGAAGUCAUUCCUUUCACUUUAAUGUGGGAGUGGGGAGCUGUCUGCAGUUAGAUUAGGAUCAGCCAUCCUGAACAGAGCAGUAUUAUUCUUAGGGGAUAUGGUGCAUCACUGGCGGCAGCAGCAGUGAACAUGCCAAGUUAACCAGAGUGUAGUCAGUCUCUGAACCUAAUCUACUGACAAAAUAGGACUAACAUAGAUCAGUCUGUAUUCGCAAGCACCUGCAUACCGUGCGGCUACAUCAGCCCUUAAUCUCUUUCAAGUCAGAGGAAAAGCUCGUAAAGAGUAUUUAUGAAUAUGGUCUUUGUUAGCUCAGCGCAAUGUAGGACAUUGUGGCUGCAUACAAGCUGUAUUACAACAGUGCGUUGACACUACACAUCGACGGCAGGUGACCAGAAUCUGCUUGUUAGAGAUGCGAUGUGAUUUCCCUUCUGCCUUCUGAAAAAAAAAUUAAAGGGGAAAAUCUACCUCUCUCUGCUGCGGGGGAAAUACAUCCCUCACCCGGCGGACAGCCAUGCUGUUUGCCAAUGCUGUUCGUCACUCCAGCGAGUGACACAAAAUAUUGUUUGUCUGUGUGCCCUCUAAUAUUUGGUGCUGUAUAUAUGACAAUUUUAUAUUUCUACUGUAUAUUUCUACUUACAUGUACAUUUUAAUUGUUGUAUUAAAUAAAUGUUAUGUGAACACGUCGGUCUGUGAGGUUCUAGUUUGUAGUGUGAGGUGAAACACAAGUGUUAAAUGUAACUUUGUGUUAAAGGGACAGUUCACCCCCAAAUCAAAAACACAUAUUUUUCCUCUUAAUUGUAGUGCUAUUGAUCAGUACAGAUUGUUUUGGUGUGAGUUGCUGAGUGUUGGAGAUAUCGGCCGUAGAGAUGUCUGUCUUCUCUCGAAUAUAAUGGAACUAGAUGGCACUCAACAGCAAUGUCUCUGUUCCAGAAAUCAUGAGCUGGUUACUAAAGAUAAUCCCUGUCAACCGCAUCACCGUGCAGAAGGAAACGUGCUCCCACUCAUGGACAAGAAGCUCGUUCAUGUGACAGCACAACAUGUAAACUGUCACAGCCUGGCUCAAGGGAAGGUCAAAGAGGAGAGGACACAUGUGACUUUUAACUUAGCAUUUAUAUAAUGGGAUAUAAGUUUAACCUAUGCAAUAUAAAUGUAAAUCAGUUACAUCAGUAGUGUUUAGCGUGUUGUUUGAGUGUAUAGCUGAGGAGCUAUAUAAGCUGCUGGAGCUGAGCUGGGACGUUAGCUAGCUUAGUGCUAGGUGAGCUGGCAGUAGAUGCACGUUUCCUUCUGCAUAGUGAUACUGUUGGUGGGUGUAGUUCUGUGAAAAGAAAAAUAGUUCCUACAUAAAACUGCUCACAAUGAGGUGUGCGGAUUAUCUUGAAGAAACCGGCUCAUGAUUUCUGUAAAGAGACAUCGCUGUUGAGUUUUUCAAAUGUAUGUUUUUUGGUGUCUUGAGCACCACGAGCCGAGUGCCAUCUAGUUCCAUUAUAUCCAAAAGAAGGCAGCCAUCUCAACAGCUGGUAUCUCCACCACAUGGCAAUGCACAUCAUAACAAUAUAGGUUGAUAAACAGCACUACAGGCAAGAGGAAAAAUCGAUCUGGUAAAACUUAUUGAGAGAUGGGUAGUGGAUUGUGAGGGUCAAUGGACUAACACAGUGUUGAUUCUAUUUUAAACAGUGUGCACAUUAAUUGUAAAUGUGUUAAACUCUUUACACAGAACAUUAAAAAACA